AUGGAAACAGCUAAUCACGAACCUGUUACAAUAGAGAAACAAAUAACAACAUUACGGAAAGACACUGAAGAGAGACCCAAAUCUUACAAUUAUGAUGAGGCUAUCGAUUUGGCAGGUAAUGGUUGCUACAACAUCGGGCUCCUGGUAACCUUGAGCAUCACAUUCUUUGCGAUGUGUCUCGACCUAUUCAGUUUUGCCGUGGUGGUGGCUUUAGCCAGCUGCGAUUUGCAGCUCAGUCUGGUACAGAAGAGUAUUCUCGUUUCUGUGCCCUUCACAGGGCCAGUGUUAACAGCAUAUGCGUGGGGCUACUUUUCCGAUACAAGAGGACGCAAGAAGAGUUUGACAAUCGGUAUGUUUGUCAGCUUUACGAUGUCAAUCUUAUGCACCUUUUCUCCAAACUGGAUAAUGAUGGGUGUAUUUAAACUUGUUGGAACUUGUUUUUGCAGCUGUGCCCAGUCAGCAUCGUAUGCGUUGUUAGGAGAAUCGUGCGCAAGUCGAGUCAAGGGACCUUACAUGCUCGUUAUGACUAGCACAUUCCACCUGGGAUUACCUACUUACAUGAGUAUAGCCUACGCCGUAUUCAAACUCGACUUCCUGUACGGCCUGGGCUACAUAUCUUUCGUGCCUUGGAGACUACUAGCUUUGAUACUGGCGUUACCUUUGGGUUUGGCGUCAGUCUUAUUGCAUUUCUUCUUUGAGAGCCCUAAAUUUGUACUGAAUACUGGAAAAGAAGAACAAGCUUUGGAGAUUUUGAGAAAAAUUCACAAGAGGAAUGGUCGUUCCGAGGAAUAUCCAGUUCAAUAUCUAGUACUAAACGAAGACGGUAACGUUAAACGUAGAGAAGGGCCUUUUCUAACAUCUUUAUGGCAGCAGACUGCACCAUUGUUCAAACCUCCACUUCUACGGAAUACAAUGAUUCUAUAUUGCUUAGUUUUCAUUGCUUUUAGCAUAAGCGGAAGUUUAAACGUUUGGUUACCAUUCAUUGCAAACGCAUUCAAUGAACCAGCAUUAAAUCAUACAAAUGGUCUUUGUGCAUUGGUAGAGCUGACAUCUUCUAUCAGCAGCGAGCCUACCACUUGCACAUCGUCAGCCAGUACGGUGGAACUCCCACUGGUCCUAACUUCGAUUGCAACUGGCGGAUUCUUCACCACUAUCAACAUAAUAAUGGCUAGAUUUGCUUCGAGGAGAAAAGCAUCUCUUAUCAUGAUUUAUGCAUUUGCUGCUAUUUGUGGCAUUAUGACUACUCUGAUUCCAAGCAAUGUUGCUGGUAUUUUCUAUUUUGGAAUGUUGGCUACAAGUCUAUGUACGGGACCAUUGUUUGCUUAUUUUGUAGAUCUUGUUCCAACGUCUUUCCGUGGCAUGGCAGCGUGUCUCGGUGUGAUGGUAACUCGGAUCAGUAGCGUCUCUGGAAUCAAUCUCGUGGGACCCUUUAUCACUUCGCACUGCUCAGUUACAUUUUACUGUCUGAGUGCUUUAGCAUUAAAUGUUAAGAAUAAUGCCGGAAAAGGCAAACUUAUUAAAGACAAUAGAGAGCAGAAGGAGAAAGGCGUUUGGGCAUCUAAUAUACGUCACGAUAGUAUUCGUAGAGGCAUUGUAGGAGGAAAGAUCGAAAUGAAAGAGAAUCACAGAAGGAUCUAG